AUGCAAGGGGCGGGUCUGCUUCCAGCUGCUUCUGAGCAGCCUCAGGCUCAAAUAGCUGCUACUGAGCAGGCUCGGGCUCAAAUGCAACAGUGGGCACGCUUUCCGCUGUAUUUGACUCAAGACGUUUGGAACAUCUUGCAAGGGAGCUCCGAGAGACAGCUUCGGAAAGUGGAAUGCGUCACUUCGCAUCUUGUAAGGUUGGGCUUACGAAACCCUUCGGAGCGGACCAUGGCAACCGUGGCUGCUGUGAUUGCUCAAUGCGAUGGCCAAAAUAUGGAGGAUCCAGACACUGCAAAGCAAGUUGCUCUUUUGUCAACUGUGAAGAGUGUGAUGAAGACCCAUAUCAUCCGAGCUCGUCAGCUUGGCACUCCGAUUGGGGGAGGUUACUUGCAGGAAUUGCCUGUGACCUGGGAGCAGCUACCAGGAGAAAUGCGCGAGCGCUUUUUUCCGACUGGAUUGGUGCAGCCGCCGAUUGACUUGAACAUUGCAUGGCGAUCUGGGAAUGCGUGGCCAAUGCGCAGCACUCAUCGUUCCAGGCAAUUGCAAGGUGGCCACACUGACUUGAUCUCUUCUCAGUCUGGGUAUGCUGCUGCGAUUGCUCAGCAAGCAGCGGUCACGACGGCUCAGGCUUUGUUUGCUUUGGUGAACCCGGGCGCAGUAGGGCGCUGUUCUGAAGUGCAGCUGCCUGGAUUCCAGCAAUUUCAGCCUGGGAACCGUGAGAUGCCUGUCAGUCGAAGAGAUGAGUCUUUGAGGUUGAUGUUGGAAGAAGCCAAUGCAGCUCCUGCAGCUGCUAGUUCUUCCAGCGUGCCGGCGGCUCCUGCCUCAAUGUCUCAGCAGUUGGCCCUGACCAAUGGCGAGCCGUCGCAAAGCGUUGCCGCUGUUGCGACGCCUGCAGCACAGUCUGCGGUGCAGCCAGCGGUGGAUUCGCAGCCGGAGGGGUCAGCUGCGAUGGAGGCCGCGGAGGCCGCGCAGGUGGAAGCAAGUUUGGCUAUCUUGGCCAAUGCUCAUUACAAUGAGACGCUGCCUUCAGUUUUGUCGCCGCCCGAGGAGGCGAGCGCAUGCAAGCGGCCUGCAGGUAAGUCCGCUGUGAGCGUGAAGAAGAUUAUGAAGAGGCCUGCUGCUGCAGCAAUGCUGGCUUCAUCUCCCGAGAAAAGGAUUUACCAGAAGCCUGCGGCUGCAUCUUCGUCAAUUGGACCCAAAAAAAAGCCAGCGGCAAAGACAGAUCAGGAGAAGAAGAUUACUCGGGCUAAGGCUUACGAGCUGAGGCCAACGGGCUGCGCUCGCUGUCGCCAUCAGCGCGGUUGUUGCCCCAGCUGUUGGAAGAAGAAAGGUAUGCGAGAUGAGACCGGUGAUUUUGUGCAAGUGCAGUGGCAGCAGCGCGGCAUGGGGACUGGUCGCAUGAUUAUGAAAACUUUGCCUGCGCUUUGGCGGGAAAGCAAGAAUGAGAAGCUUGAAGUCUUGAGUGUGACUUCUGACUCCCCGAAGCAGCGGCGCACGACGCCGGUUGAGCAAUUGCCACUGUCGAAAGAGCAGCAAGUUGUAGCAGAAAUGAUAUUUGCUACUUUGGAGGACUUGCGGGGUGAGCAGGGCAGAUCGAUGUCCGCAGAGCACCGCAGUGAGCACAUUCAGUUGCUAGAGGAGGUAGCUUUGGAUAUUUUGGAUGCAAGCCUAAGUGCAUGCGAUUUGAUGCAAAUUAAGAUGGCUGUGACGAGGGUCUCAGCGGCUCUCCAGGGCUGA